AUGUCCUACGACCGCUACGUUGCCAUCUGCAAGCCCCUGCACUACGGGAGCCUCGUGGGCAGCAGAGCUUGUGCCCAGAUGGCAGCAGCUGCCUGGGGCAGUGGCUUUCUCAAUGCUGUCCUGCACACGGCCACUACGUUUUCCCUGCCCCUCUGCCAAGGCAAUGCUGUGGACCAGUUCUUCUGUGAGAUCCCCCACAUCCUCAAGCUCUCCUGCUCAGAUGCCUACCUCAGGGAAGUUGGGGCACUUGUGUUUAGUGUUACUUUAGGAUGUGGUUGUUUUGUUUUCAUUGUGCUGUCCUACGUGCAGAUCUUCAGGGCAGUGCUGACGAUGCCCUCUUCUCAGGGCCGGCACAAAGCCUUUUCCACGUGCCUCCCUCACCUGGCCGUGGUCUCUAUGACUGUUAGCACUGGCUUGUUUGCCUACCUGAAGCCCCCCUCCAUCUUCUCUCCAUCCCUGGAUCUUGUUGUGGCAGUUUCCUACUCGGUGGUGCCUCCAGCAAAAGUGAAAAACAGGUACCAAGGGGGCUAG